AUGGAGGGAAAUCCGUCUUACUCGCAAUACUGUGCGAACCUCGUCUCCGAGUUUCCGCCUUGCCAAAUGUUUGGUAGACUAGCCUGCAGCGGCUGUCAACUAGUUGCUUAUUGCAGUAAGAACUGUCAAAAGGCCCACUGGAAGACUCAUCGAAGAGACUGCAAGUCCCCGUUCAAUAAUACAUGCUGGCGCCCAGCAUGGGACCGUGAAGCUCGGGCCCCAGCAUGGGCGGCCCGCGACCAAACCGGGAAUUUCCACAAUCCUUUCGGAUCGCAUCAGUAUUUGUGGGGAAACACACCAGCCUUUGAUGUGUUGCAACUGGAAAGCCAUGAGGGACUUGCCGAUCAGAAGGAUGUUGCGCUCUUAUUUGCUGCUUCGGGCGAUUUACGGAACGUUGUGAGGACCGUCGCAGAUCUUCCGAGUCAGUUUGAAAAGAGUAUAACCUUGACAAUCAACGAUCGAAACUCUACAGUCGUUGCGAGGAACCUGAUUCUGCUUCUCCUUGCUCUUGACACGGCUGAUCAGCACUGGUCCGAAAUUGACCAAGAUCGAGAAGUCACCAAAACUUUAAUUCAUAUUUGGUAUUCCUCAUUCAUCAAUUCCAGGACACUGUCUCGAAUUCAAGCCAAAGCUUUGCCCCUUAUUGCCGGUGUCUGCGACGAAGCGCUCUUCCUUGAGCCUGGCGCUUUCUUGAGCAAGACCUGGUACUUUAAGUCACAGAGGAGUCUACAGGUCACCCUCAACCGAGAAGAAUGGCUUCUUGCCAGACGACUAUGUUGUGUUCCUGGUAGUCUGACGUUUGAACAAGCGCAGAAGAUUCGUACCGCGGUUACCCUUGCGCCUGAAAGGGCGGAUUACAUGGACAGGUGGCUAUACAAAGAAUUGACUCCUGCAUUGAGAGUUGGACAAGAAAGAUUUCGGGAAGAUGGCAUGCUUUUGCCUUUCGGGCACACCCGCAAUGGGUUCAAUAUUCCAAACCCCACGUUAUUUCACGACCAGAGAGCCUGGCCUCUGGAUGAUAAGGCCGAUCCUUUGACAGGCUGGCCCAUUUGGGAAAUACGCAAUGAAAAGUCUCAUACAGUCUCAGAUCUUUACGGCAAGCUGUUUACAUAUCUUCAAAAAGUAAUACGGAAGUUUUUAAAACGGCUCACUACUCUGACAGCCCACUUUGAAUUAUAUAGUACAGACGUCAGAGAGCUAGCUCUUCAGCUGCCAAACGACCAUUUCGCAAGAAUUGAGAUUUCCAAUAUUUCCGAUGUCGGUUACGUCGGAAUAUAUGAUACUCUCGCUUUCCUGGCACCACUUCUUCAACCACACUAUCAGAACUCGCACUCCACCCUCAUCACAUUGUUCCUCAAUGCAGUCAUGGAGAUUGUGAAGGCAACCGGAGAAAAAGAUUCAAUGAGCAAGAUCAAUUUACUCAUGGAAUAUUUGCCUCAACCGGACGUUCUCAGGCUUCUUAGACCCGACAACGCAGAUAUGACGAGGCUUUGGGACGCCCGUACACUCUCAUUCGAUGUAGAAUAUUAUUUCCAAGCGUACAUGGUGAUCCACAAGUUUGCUGAAAUUGGAAUGGCUCAAGGAGUCUACAUUAAAUCGCCCAAUACCAUUAUUGAGGAGUGGCCAACGCAGCUGAAACGUCAGAAAGGUCAGGAAGAUGCCCGAGAAGAGUUCUCUGCUCUUUUAGGGUCGAAUCUCUCCGGCCUUGAACGCUAUGUUGAAUGGAGUAGAGUCCCAUCUCCUGCAGUCAAUUGA